UUGAGUCUCACAAUUUGUGGCCGGCGGAGGGAGGGAGAAGUCGAGAAGAUAAUGGGAGAUCUCUACGCUUUGGACUUUGAUGGAGUUCUCUGUGAUAGCUGCGGGGAGAGCUCUCUCUCUGCUGUUAAGGCUGCGAAGGUGAGAUGGCCUGGUUUGUUUGACGGAGUGGAUUCCGCUUUGGAGGAAUGGAUUGUCGAUCAGAUGCACAUAGUGAGACCUGUGGUGGAAACAGGCUACGAAAAUCUUCUUCUUGUCCGGCUACUUCUAGAAUCCAGGAUGCCAUCUAUUCGUAAAUCUUCGGUUGCAGAGGGAUUGACUGUUGAUGUAAUAUUAGAGAGCUGGUCAAAGAUAAAGCCGGUGAUCAUGGAAGCUUGGAAUGAGGAUAGGGAUGCUCUGGUUGAUUUGUUUGGAAAAGUUAGAGAUGAGUGGAUGGACAAGGACUUGACAACAUGGAUGGGUGCCAACAGAUUCUAUCCAGGGGUUUCAGAUGCACUGAGGUUUGCAAGCUCGAGGGUAUACAUUGUUACCACGAAACAGAGCCGCUUUGCAGAUGCUUUACUGCGAGAACUUGCUGGGGUAACCAUACCAUCAGAAAGGAUUUAUGGCUUGGGUACAGGGCCGAAGGUGGAAGUGCUAAAGCUACUUCAGAACAAGCCAGAACACCAAGGCUUGACACUGCACUUCGUGGAGGACCGACUUGCAACAUUGAAGAAUGUCAUCAAAGAACCUGAAUUAAAUAAGUGGAAUUUAUAUCUAGGUAACUGGGGAUACAACACCGAGAAAGAGAGAGCAGAGGCAGCAGGCAUUCCCAGGAUUCAGGUCAUUGAGCUCUCCACCUUUAGUAGUAAACUGAAAUAAGUAUACAGCUCCUCCUCCCUGUUUUCUAUACUUAUAAUCUCACUCUUGUCAUCUGGAAAACAACAGCUUCUGUAACACUGAAUUUGUCCUUUCUUUGUGUUUCUGGCCAAUGGGUUUUAA